UUGCAACCCCUCUGACUCAGCCUUAAUAGCAACUUCCUCAACAUGACAACAGUCAGUUAGUGUUUGGUCACUUCUUAGUGCCUUUAGUCAGUGAGUUGUUUCUUUUGUUUGUGUUACUCUGGCAGGGCCAUGAGGGGGGUCCAACAUCUGCUGCUCCUGGCAGUGCUCGCACUUCUGGCAAGAUGUCAGCAAAAGCCCCAAGCCGUAGUUUCUAUGUCCCCAAUACUCACGCAGAUCUUCUCUGGGGACUUAUUUUUUCUGAGAUGUAACAGCAGCACAGAUGGGACCAAAUGGUACAUCAACAACAUUGAACAAAUGAUGACAAACGACACCUGGAAGAUAAGCAGUGCCUCACCCAAAAACUCAGGCUCUUAUCAAUGCAAGAGCGGAAGCAAUAUGCAAAUGAGUAAAGCUUUCUCCCUUAAAGUCCUGGAUUACUUUCCCCGUGCCUCACUCACCAUCAAGACAGGCCAGCCAGUGGUGCGGCCCGGCGAUUCUGUUGUCCUGCAGCUUGACCAUGAAGAGGGUCUGCAGGGAUGGAAAUGCUUUGUCUAUAGGGCAGGGAAGACAAUGCGGAUUCAGUUGAGGUUGCUGAAUGACAGUGUGAGUGUGGUCUUUCAAACCAAGAGACUGGAAAUACCGGAGACCAUUUUCUGGUGUAGUGAUACUAACAAACAACUCAGAAGUAACCAAAUCACAGUCAGGACCUCAGUGAAGGACGUUUCGCUGGAAAUGUAUCCUCUGCCCGCUGUAGUUGGGGACAGUCUGAUUCUGAAGUGCCUUGCCUGGGGCACAGAUGAUAUAAGCCGCACUAUUUUCUACCAAAACAAUGCAGUAAUUCAGGACGGUAUCGGUUACACCUACCAAAUCUCUGAUGUGAAAGAAUCAGCAAGGGGAACUUAUAAGUGUGCAGCCACCUUCACACACAAAGCGCGCACUGAAGGGCAGCCAUACAAUGUUGUCUCUGAUGAUCAAGAUAUGUUUCUCCAUGCACCCGCUAUAAAGGCAUUUCUCUCAGCGAACAAUGGCUUGUCAUGUUCUUGUCCACUUUGUCCCAAUAAUAUAUACUACCAUUGGUACUACAAAAAUAAUGGUCAGCCAUGGACACUUUUGACUCACAACCAAGGAUUCAUAAUGCCAAAAAAGAGUGGUACUUAUGCAUGUAGAGCAGUGUGGAACGACGGGAGGUCUUCUCUCAGCAUUGGUCAUGUUUAUCAAGUGCCAACAUUCAUUAUAACAGUUGUAGUCAUCGUGCUGGUGAUUGUGGUUCUAGUUUUAGUAGCUGUUUUUGUUCUCAUACGGUAUAAGAAGAGACAUGCCACAGGACGGAUUUACGAGGAUAUGCCAUUGAAGUCACAAGGCGAAUAUGAAAUGUUGCGUAAGGGUGGCCAAAAGGAGGGCGAGUACGACACCCUUCACCCAGAAGCACCAGGCAGACAGAAGAAAGAGGGUGAAUAUGAGACACUGAAGAAAGAGGAAAUGACAGAGGGGGAGUACCACACUGUUAGGAUGGAGGGGGCAGUUGGUGGAGAGGGAGGGUAUGAAGCACUGAAGAAAGAGGGAAGGAAAGAGGAGCUAUACCACACCCUGGGGAUGGAGGGGGCAGCAGGAGAAGGGGGGGGAUACGAAGCACUGAAGAAAGAGGGAAGGGACAAGGGGGUAUACCAUACCCUGGGGAUGGAGGGGGCAGCAGGAGAAGGGGGGGGAUACGAAGCACUGAAGAAAGAGGGAAGGAAAGAGGGGGUAUACCACACCUUGGGAAUGGAGGGGGCAGCAGGUGAGAUGAGUGAGGAAGUAGAGAAGAAGGAGAAAGAGUGAGAAUAUUAGAUAGUGGAGGAAAAGGUGGAGGCCAAGGCCGAGGAGC